AUGGGGGAAGCUCGAGUAAUACGACUUCGCACAGCACUUGAGUCCUCCAACCCGUACGAGCGCUUAAUGAGAAGACUGCUGCAAACUUCAAUUGAAGAAAAUGUGGAUGUCGCUAGUGUAUUGCGCAGCCCUUCUGUUCAGCAGGCGUUAUCCCAAGGUAGCACUCGAUCUGAAAAUGGGGCAGACGGAUUUUCUCCUCUACAACAUAUGUCAUCUAGACUGCCGCGUGCACCAGUACCGUCUUUGGGUUCACUCGCUAGAGGUGUUAUUACUCAAUCUGGUGGCGAUAUGCCGUUCAUGUCGGAGGUCAUCUCAAAUAUAAUGAGGAAUAAUGGGCUCGGAACUUCAUUGCCUCCUCAAGUCGAUGUGAUUGUGGAAUACGGGGACGCAGGGUCACCUGGUGUGAGUCACGGGCAGCCUCAAUUGCUCAACAUGGCCAUGGGAGGGAUGACCGAUGCUCAUGGGAGACAACCCGCAGCUGUUGGAUAUCACGUUGAAGUUCAUCAGUUCGACAUAUUCAGUCAUCCAUCAGAGCCGGAUAACUCUUCACAGAACUCUAGUCAAAGUGCUACUCCAUCGACUGUACCACUAUCUGCUCCCGCAACAAAUAUUGUUGCUCAAGCAAAUGUACCGGCACCCUCGAACAGACAACGACAAGGUCCUCCUGGAGGAUUUCCCUUCGUUAUGGGUGGAAUGGGUUUUCCAUCUGAAAUGCAUUUCACCGCUCCGCGACAAGAUAUCGUCAAUGUGGAUCCGUUUUUAUCGUGCACGAGUAGAUUCACUGAUGUACAGCGGGUUUUGCGCAACAGUCACCCAAAUGUUCCUUCUCAACUAUCUCCAUAUCGCCGGUUUAUGGGCGAUGCGUUGUCGUCGAAUUCGUUAACUGACCGACGAAUAGUACCCAUAGAUGCUUACGAGCGCGUCAUGCUUCCUCUCAACUCUUCUGGUCAUGUUUUGAUGGCCAAUGAAAGCGAUUUCGAGAAUUUCAUACAGCUUGCCAUUCGAUCUGCUCUCAGUCAGAUGGUUCACACAGAUCAGGAUCGCAAUUCGCAGAAUGUUCGUGGGAGCGCUAACCGCAUGUUCCCUCCUGGUCAGUCAGUGCAGUUACCCGGAGGUGGAGAAAUCGUGCAAGCGACUGUUUCUGCUCCAAUAUUAGUGCAUGCAGAAGUUGAGGAGCAUCAUGAUGCUCAGACAGAGGCUGCGGCAGGAAAUGAUCCAUCCGCAAGCGCUGCAUUCAGUGUUCCGAACGAUGUAUCAAGCAAUCAGCAGUAUGAUUUCAUUCCCCGCGACGAAGAAGGUCGUAACAUCCUGACA